UCACGCUCUUAGACUUCACCUUUUCUUACACUGUCCCCGCCGCUUGGACAAGGCAUGAAGUCUUGGCGUGCAGCGACUCCACUUCACUUCCUCUUGUUCGCUGUUUGUUUGCGCACUUCCACCUUCAUACUCCACCUUCGUCCUUCUACGCUCUUGCGCUAAGCGGUCUUUCUUCGCGUCUUUACGCGUUUUUGCUUCUACUAAUUACCCUCGCGUCAUUGGAUAUGCGCGGCAAGCAUUAGCUGCAAGAUGUCUUCGAAGAAGGGUCACGUCGUUGUGACGCCUUCAGAUUUUACGCAUCCGAAGUCGCUUUUUGAGGGAUGGACACCUCCGUUGGCCGUGACGGAGGAGUGUACCGCGGUUGAAGAACUAAGAGAAGUUUGGAAUGCGAUGAAUCCCGGAGUCAAUGAGGUGACAUUCCGCCUAGAACAUUUCAGCGUCUACCGCCCGAACGGUACUCAUUCGAAUGGAGAGUUGGAACCCCUCAUCGUCUUGCGGGCGAAGUAUGGAGUCAAUAAGCUGCUUUGCGACGGCAUACUGGCCUGUGGCGACCAGCGCCGGUGGGUGCAGGGGGUUGAGUUCCUCAGCUUGUCGAUUGAAGGUUACGACGAUCGCACCAUACCCGCUGUCAACGUCUACAUAAAAUCCCGGUUGUGUCAACAUGAACAAGAAUGCGGAGAGCAGGACACUUGGUUUCUGUUGGGAGAACCGGCGCCUGAAUACUACCGAUAUCAUCACAACUUCCUAUGGAUAGCAAACUUCGGCCGAUACUUUAUCGACUAUUUGAACCGAGACUUGGACGUCUGCUUGGAUGAUUUCCGAGAACAUUUCUAUUCUUGGGUCAAAUCAGAAUAUAAGGAUUGCUCGGAAUGGCUUGCUGAGUCUGGGCGGAAAGACUUCAGAAUGGAUGUGGCUGCCUAUGUUGACUAUCUCUACCACGAAAGCGGACUUGUAAACAAUGAUCACGCCGACGCAUUCAUUUGGAAAGAAUGCAUGUCAUCGGAGCUUGCUGCUAUAAAAGAGCGGAAACAGCGAAAGACAAAAACUAUAUGUACAGAGCUCGUUCACGAACAUUUCGUAGACACGUACUUUGGGCAGAAGUUGGCGGUGCAAAAGCUUGCCCCAGAAGUCGCAAAAGCCCGAGAGCUUAGGAUGACCGAAUUAGGUUUUACUAAAGACUCCACCGAAUCCCAACAAGAGAACCCUUCGACUAGUAUCAACCCGAAAUCCUGGAAGCCCAGCAAAGGAGAUUUCGUUAGCGUCAAGCGGGACGAAGGCUCGGUCUGGAAAGGCGAGUCGGAUGGCCAUUUCGCUUACGUUAGAGAUACUUCCCAGGAUGCCAAAGGAGAACUUCUACUCAGGGUUAUUUGGCUUUACCUUCCGGAAGAAACCGUGAUUUUCUCCAUGAAAUACCUUCACAAGAACGAACUCUUCUUUUCUGAUCAUUGCAAUUGUCACGAUCCACACAUAAGAGCAUCGGACAUCUUAGGCCGGGCUCAGGUACUUCUGAAUCCUAAGACCAUACCACGUAAUGAUCAGCUUUUCGUCCAGCAAACUUACUCGACGGAAACCAACUCAUUUACUACGUUUCGAUUGUCAGAUAUGAGCUGCUCAUGCAGCAAGAAACGCAAAUCUGUUUUCGAGGAAGUAGAAGAAAAGUACAGCCGUGGCGAUUGUGUGUAUGUUCUCAAAAAGAAGGGCAAGUCAUCAGAAGACGACAUGCUCGAACCGAUGGUUAUCGAGUGUCUGGAUUCCGAGACUGGCAUGGUUGGAGUCCGCCAUCUCGCGCGCCGAGCUCGAGAUUGUCAACAUAAUGAGGACCCCGCAAAGGAUUGGCAGAGUCGACCUAACGAGCUGGUAUGGACUAACACCAUCACUAGCGUUCGAGCUGAUCUGAUCCGCCGUCGAUGCCACGUAAGAUACUUUGAUUCUGAAACAGUUGAGCGUGGUGACAUACCAGUGCCCUACAACCGAGAUGGAACUGUUGACUGUUGGUACUUCUGCGUACGCCUGGUCGACGGACAGCUGCGCCGGUUCAAGUCUCCUCCAUCAUUCAACCAAGGAUUUGAUCAAUCCAAUGACAAGAAGCCAAAAAUGAAAGGAAUGUCGUUGUUCACAGGAGGUGGGAGUUUUGACAGAGGACUGGAAGAAUGUGGAGCGAUCGAAACCGUUGUAGCAGUGGAUUUUUCAAAAUCCGCGGCGCAUACUUUCCGAGCAAAUCUCAACGGCCGCCCCACAGGCGCCUGUAUAUUCUGCGGCUCGGUUGAUGACCAUCUCUCGAGAGUCUUGAGCGGCGACCCGAAAUUUUACGGGAAAGCAAAGAUAGGGGAUAUCGACUUCGUGAGUGCGGGAUCUCCAUGCCCUGGCUUCUCUACUAUGCAGAACAACAAGCUUAGCUCAAGGAGUUUGACGAACGCUAGCCAUGUCACGUCAUUUCCCUCAUAUGUGGACUUGUACCGCCCGAAGUACGCGAUACUGGAAAACGUUCUUGGUAUCGCAACAGGCGUCGGGAAAGACAACGUCCUUUCUCAGCUUGUUGGCUGCUUGGUAUCAAUGGGUUAUCAGGUGCAGGUAUGCAUUGGCGAUGGGUGGUCCCACGGAGACCCACAAAGUCGUUCCCGCCUCUUUAUCAUAUGCACAGCGCCAGGUCUACAACCGCCAGCUCCUCUGGUACCGACUCACUCACACCCUGGCAAUCUGGGGGACCGAUCGUUUGGAAAUCUACCCAAUGGACAACGUUUCGGAAAGCGGGAUUUUGGAAUCACGCCUUUCCGGUAUAUUUCAACAAAGAUGGCAACGAAAGAUCUUCCCAAUAUAGGCGAUUCACGUGUUCAAAUCUGCAUACCAUUCCCGGACCACAGGCAUUCCGCAACGACAAAUUUUGCUGACAGGAGGUUGAUGUCCUUGAUUCCCAUCAACUCAAGUCUAAUGGCAGCCAUAGCGCUUGAGAGGGAAAUCAACCACAAGCAAGGACCAGAUGAUGAAGGGACAAUGGAGAUGAUACCAAAGUUCUACAAGAAACGACAAGAACGAUUUAGCAAAGAUCGUCAAAAUCCUAACCCCAAAGUGAACCGUUGCUGGGCGCGACUGGAUGAAGAGGGCUUGUUCCCAACCGUGAAGACCGGAAUAUGCGCUGGAUCAUCACGCUACGGCAAAGUGUUACAUUCGGGGCAACCUCGCAUGAUGACAAUCCAGGAAGCCAGGAGAGCCCAGGGAAUUCCAGAUCAUGAGGUUAUCAUCGGAACCCCCGAGCAACAAUGGAGUAUAAUCGGAAAUGGCGUCACGCGAUCAGUAGGCCUUGCCUGGGGUUUUGCGUUCAGGGAAGCAUGGUUGUCCGAUAAUCCAGAGGAAAAAGAGUCAUGGAGGAUUGAAAUCACCCAACAACACAGCUCUAGGGGUGUGAGCCGCCCAGAGUUAGACUUAGCCGAGGACGUACAAUCUAUGCAUCUCGAGGAAGACGAACCCGAAACAACUGUCACAGAAGAGAUCUCAGUACAUAUCACUAGGGUUGAACGCUCGACAACCACUGGGACUUACAUCGAUCAGACCACCAGCACGACAGUGAACAUUCGAAGCCACGCGCCGACAAGACCAGAUGCUUCCUGCAAAGGACAUAGUACAAAAGUUGGCCUAUCCAAGGCUACUGAAAACCAGACUGCUCCAGAGCCGGAGAAGAAGACUUCAAGCGAAACUCCCAUCAAUGGUAGGAAACGUGCACGGCCACAGCUCAAUGAGAGUCAAAAGCCUCGGAAGCGCACACGACAAAACACAGCUGGUACUGAGUUGGUAGCUCCUGAUGACUAUUCUCAAAUUCCAGAAAAGUUGUCGAGGAAGAGCAUCAGAACCGAGACUCGUCCUACAAACAAUGACGGAGAUGAUGACGACGAGGAUGAGGGUCCCCUGGUACCAAGAUCAAUCUGGAAGCGGCCUGUCAAGACGAAUGGGAUUCGGAGAAUGGGGUAGCAAUGGGGAGUUAGCACAAUGGAACGUGAAAGGCCGCGACUAGGACUACCUUCUCUUUAGAAGAAGGCCUCGGAGCGUUCCCCGGGGCAGUUUCGAGUCGACAGAAUCUCGCACUCGGGUCCCUCCGCUGGCUUGUGGGCAACGAGAUCCUUCGGCCAUUGAGAUGAUAUGCCUUCUCCGCAGGGUGAAAGAUCAAGCGCAGUAAAGACACUCAAAAAGUCCGUUGCCUGUUCCGUCAAAAAAGCUAUCCGUCUUGGAUAGAGCACACCAUAUCUAGAAUUCAGGAUACAAAAUGAAAACUGUAUCUUCGUCAGCCAGAACACAUGAACUCUAUGC